AUGAUCACCGAGGAGGGGAAAGUUAUCGUCCAGCACCUAGAGGCUAUAUUCGACGCAGUAGAUCGCCGCGAAAUCGAUCACCCCGCCGAGUUGCCGAUACUUGGGUUCCGUCUUCAAGCCGACCUUAUAAUCGAUUGCGAAGUCGCUCGCCACCGGGUUUUAGGCGUCGUUCAUCCCGAAGCCCCCCCUACUAUGCCAGGGACAUUGGCCCUCCUUCUUACAACAAAACGUGCUCCCCUCCGCGAAGGUUUUCUCCUAGGCGGGAGCGAGCGCUUGUGCACACUUCAUGGCGCCCAAGGUCGCCAUACACGGAGAGUCGCUCGCGAGACUUCUCUCGAGGCCGUACGGCAUUCAGUCGAUCUCGAGAGAUCACGCCCACCAGCCAAGAUUUAA